AUGCCCCUAGUACAAUAUUCUGACUCGGAGUCCGAUUCAGAGUCUAGAUCUUCUCCUCCGACCAAGAAACCCCGCCAUAACAAUCCAGGGCCAUCGCUGCCCCCCCUUCCUGCAGCGUUUCACGACCUCUAUGCUUCAACAACACGUGUGAGCAUCCAAGAUGAUCCUACGCUCCAUGGUGGCAGAAAACGCGUAAUCCCCCACGUUGAAGGAAACUGGCCAACGCAUCUCUACCUCGAAUGGUAUCCAGGCAAAGAAGAGUUGUCCCUCCUUACGAGUUUAAUUGUUCAGUGUGAGACUUCACUUGAUGAAAACUCGUCUAGCGUCCACAGUCUCUUGCAUAGUGAUCUUGGUGCUCAGCUACCGCUUCAUAUCAGCUUGUCUCGGCCGGUGGUCCUUCGCACCGAGCAACGUGCUUUGUUCAUUGAAAAGCUGCAGGAUUCUAUCGUCGGCUCCCAUAUUCCACCGUUCCAAGUACGGCCCAAUACCCUCUACUGGGUGUCAAAUUAUGAAAAGACACGCUGGUUCCUUGUCUUUAGUGUUCAAAGGCCGGUGAAGUUGGAGAAAUUUCAUAAGGAUUAUGUUCUUGCCCUCACAGUUUUUGGCAUCUUGACACGAGCAUACAUGUACUCUGCCUGUAUUGUAAUUACCGAAAUAUUACCAACGCGACCGCGUCUUCCCGCUAACAACUUUGUUCUUUCUCUUUUCUCUUCUUGUCUUCUUCUCUCCUUUCCUCGCCUGUCUACGAUGCAGGUUCCCAAUGUAACUCUGGAAGAUCUCCAAGCCUUCCAACGCAAGCACUUCCCUGGUCAACAUCAAACUCCGUGCAUCCAAGAAAAUGACCCGAUAGCAGACGAAGACCUUGGAUACUACCCUGACGGGGUGAAGCGCACACUUACAGAUGAACAGAUCGAGAUGUUCAGACACAGUGAGAUCCAUUCCCUGUUGCGCAAAAAGCAACUCGAGCUGGAGAAUUCCGAUUACGAGGCUCGGAUGCGUUUACCUGCGAAAAAUGAGUCAGAUGGUAAUCAUGAUGAUGUGGUUGAGAAGCGACCUUUAGAUGGUCAACCCAGCCCAACUGGUGAUCAGAAGCGGUUGAAAUCGCUACGGGAAUCCAAAAACCAUGAUGAUGAUACAACCCAAGAGCCGCUGGACUAUGGGGACAACAGCUCUCAUCCACCACCGGCAAAGAAGCCCCCAGUGUCGCGCGCACCAUAUCAAGGUCGUAGAAUCAUCUCCUACGACGACUGA